UUGUGUUUUGCUCCGUGUUCACUGUGCUUUGCUUGCAACCAAGCGAAUAUUCGUACACAACCGUGCACCGACCCGUCUGGAUUUUUCUUUCUUUUUUCUCGCACUGCGGUGGUCACAAAAUAAACUGUUUAUUAUAAAAAACUAAAACAUUUGAAAAUUUUUACCAGUGAAGUGUUUGAAUCGGGCGGAAAAUCAAAAUACAAUGGAUCGACAGCAUCACGAAACCAAAAUGAAGUGCUACGAGUUGAUUGCCCAGAGUGCAGCACAUCGCAGCGGCCUACCGGUGGCCACUCCGGGUUCAUUGGAUGCCAUGCUGCAGAUUCUGGUCGCCAAUCCCCAUCUGCUGGCGGAGGAUGCCGAUAUUCGCACCUACCGGACGUUUGUGGAGACGAAUGGGCACUGCUUCGCGGAUCCGAUUUACCACGACAAACCAAAGUGUUCCAUCCGGGCGGCCGAAAUCCGCCGCGAAGGCAAUCAACUGUACACGAGGAAACUGUUCGAGGCGGCCCUGAUGAAGUACAACGAAAGUAUCUGCGCAUCUCCGAACGAGUCGCAGGAUUUGGCCUUCGGAUACGCCAAUCGUUCGGCCGUCUACUACGAACAGGGAUUCUAUGAUGUGGCGUUGGUGAACAUCGCCUUGGCCAAGAAGCACAACUACCCGGAGGCUUUGAUGCCAAAGUUGUUGACCCGGGAAGCCAAUUGUCGUUCGAUGCAGAAAGACAUUCGUUUCCCCCUGGUGGAAGUCAGCUUGGAAACCAAUCCGAAAAUUCCGUUCCUGGCCAAGGGUAUCCAGGGGCGCCAACAUCCCUCCCAAGGUCCCAUCAUGGUUGCCAAACGGGACUUUAAAGCCGGGGAUGUUAUUCUACGCGAAAAACCGAUGAUUGCCUGUGUCAGUUGGGAAAAUGUCUUCACCCGUUGCAAUUACUGCAUUUCGACGAAUCUGUCCCAUUUGAUCCCGUGUCCGAACUGCGCAACGGCCAUGUUCUGCGAUGAGGAAUGCAUGCGCAAAGCUCAGAAUGUGCACCGCUUCGAGUGCGGUGUCUGCGCGGAAACUAGCAAGAUGAACGAUUUCUGGUUAGGCCCCAAACUGUUCUUUCACGGAUUGGCACUCUUCAAAGACGAUAUCACAAAAAUGAUGAAGUUCUGCAAGAGAGCACGAGGAAGCGAUAGUUUCUACAACUUGGACUACUCCAAGUAUAAUCCGUUGGAUGAGUUCAAGACGUUUCUGACGGCGAAAUCAAGACGCCCUGGAAGGCCUCUCUACGAUAACAUCAUCCAGUUCAACGCUGCCAUCUUCUACGAGAUUUACAUGAAGGUGCCAUUGGUUCGGUCGAUUAUGGCCAGCGAAGAGCAGAAGGAUUUCAUGCAACAGUGCUUUGUCGACUAUCAGAUUCAGAAGAGAAAUCUAACCUUCCGACAGGACAGCAACGGUCAUCUGUACCCGAUCGCUUCCUGUUUUGGCCACUCGUGCGAUCCAAACACGGUGCUCCUGAACGAGCUGGGAAACGAGCUGAAGAUGAUCGUGUUGCGUCCCAUCCGACGUGGCGAACAGAUUCACUUCUCCUAUGGCCCCUCGUAUGACCAAGGUCCGGAAGAACACGAAUUCCAUCUGCACUCGCUGGGUUUCGAUUGCCUUUGCGAUGUGUGUGAUCCGAACAAGUGCUACGAAUGGUUGACCAGGGUAACACAACCAAGCAGCAUCGAUGCCGGCCAUUUGGCGGUUGUACGGAAGGUCGUCAACGACGAGGAACUGAGCUAUGCCGACAAAUUGAACGCACUGCAGCAGUUCAUUCAGCGGUACGGAUUCAGCCACCCCCAGGAGGACUAUGCAGGCGUGGUGCUCGUCUACAGAGGGGCACUAACCGAAGUGCAUACCGCCCAGAUGAACAACGCGAUGCGACGAAAGAUUUGCGGUUGAAAUGGGUUCGUUUUACAUUAUUUUACGUUCGAUAAUUUUGUUUUUUUAACUUUAUGAUAAACAAUGGAUUCGGAAGCAUUUUUAGUUCACGACGUGUUAUUUAAUAGAUACUAGAUGAAUACUGUGGCAAAUCGUAUAAGUUAGUCUGUAGAGAAAAUGUACAGCGUUUCAAUCAAUAUAUCUAAAGCAAUUGGCAACGAUUUGCGUUCCCGUAAA